AUGAGUUGGGAAAAAGAAAGUCAUGGCAAAGAAACUCCACAAAUAUUAGGCCCGGAUGCGAAUGAAAAUAACGAUGAUGAAAUUGAUGAUGAAAUUAUUGAUCCACAUCUUUCCAUCACCUCGGUUUUUUAUGUUCAUUUACCACAAACUGUAGAUACAAAUUAUCAUCAACCAGCAAUUCUUGGUAGCUGCGCAACUUUAGGCAAAUGGAAAGUACCAAAGGUCUUACUUAAUAGAAAGUCUCAGAAUUCAACCCUCUGGGUAUCUGAGCCUGUGCGUAUUCCUACGGAUGAGAAUGUAUUCUAUAAGUAUGCUAUUUGUCGUCACGAUAGCAAGUGGUAUAAACUUAAUAAAGGCAAAUUGGUAAUCGAUAGUUUUGAAGGCUAUGGUGAAAGAUCAAAUCGCGAAAUGAAACUUCUCGAAAACCACUAUGACUUAUGGCAAGAUAACAACUAUAUGCACAUCAAUAUAAGGGCCCUUAAAACUGAUUUUCAAUUUGUUAAUUGUAUUUUUGAAAAUAUUAAAGAUAUUCAAACUUUAAAGGAUAGAAUUAUGGAAUAUCAAUAUAUUUACCGUCAGCAUAAAGAGCUUACUAAUUCCGCAACAAAUAUCAAGUUCAUUCAGAAUAAAUUAUUAUCUAGCGCCUUCAAAGAACAACGGCUUUUCUUGUGCCUCCUUCUUGGAUAUUAUAUGCUUCAACCAAAUAAAUUCACACAAGACAAUAUUUAUCUUCCACGAGAAUUUCCGUCUAAUAAUUUGCUAGAAGAUCUUGUAAACGUAGAAUCUGAUUUUAGUCCCUCUGAUACUAGGCACUUUGUUGCACAAGCAAUUAGAGCUUUAGUCCAGCAUAAUUCUAAAUAUGGCUUCACAACAUGGUUUAAGAUGUUUGCCCUCGCACCAACACUUGACGAGUCUUACGCUUUCAUAGACUCGAUAGAGAUUUAUGAUUUUGGAAAUCGAUCUGCUAAAUUUUUUGACGCAUUAGAAAAUAAUGUAAAACCUCAUAUUGAUGAACUAUUUAUGAAGAACGUAUUUAAUAGAGCUGUACAGAAACUAAUUUUAUUAUCCUAUGACUUGGAAAGCCUAUUAUUCUUAUGGCAAAAAAUUAUCGGGUUUGAGAAAACAGAUAAUCACUUACGAAAUGCGAUGAAGAAAAGAAUUGAUGACAUAAUAAAGCAUGACAAACCUUCUCAACUUAAAGCGCACUUUUAUAUUUUCCCAAAAGAAUUGCAACUUGAUGUCGCGGAAAUUUUCCGGGCAAAACUUUUAAAGUUACUAAAAGCAAGAAACUUUACGUGUAAAUGGGACAAUCCGGAUAUCGUCUCUUUUCAAGAGCUUCUUCAAGAGGUUAAUUUAAUAUGGCCAAUUAGGGAAUACCUUGAAAUACUCGAAUCAAUUGCAGAGUCCGAUCAAAUACUACUGUUGGAAUCUUUCCCUGACGUUAUGAAACUUGUCUUGGAAUCAAAAGCCACGGGAAGAACCCUUGAUCAAAUCUUUGAGUCGUCAGUCAAAUGGUUUGAGAGGAUGAUCUCUUUUCGCACACCCAGAGUCACUACUACUAAUGGUCCAAAGAAUAAAGGAAAUAUGGCCUACAUUGUCCUUUAUUAUCUUUCUCAAGUAUAUCCUCUUGUUUCGCAUCGUCAAAAAUUUUCUCACAAAUUAAAGGAACAAGCGGAUAAAAUAAUACUUGCGUUAUCCGAUGAUGUUAUAUUUCCCCUUGCAUCAUGUAUCGAUGAGUUUCAUGAAGAUAUUGUUGAUCAUUUCGGUACUUUAUUGAAAAAAAAAAUCGAACAUUUUGUUCAAGACCCUGAUGAUCGUUUGCAACAAAAUGAUAAAAGAAUACAUAAUAAAGAUACCUAUCAGCUUUCAUUUUCACAAUUUUGGACGGAAAUAUUUCUGGCAAGGGGUCAAACAAACGAAUUACAUUCUCACCCAUAUGUUAAAAAUGUACGCGAUCACAUAGUUAAUGUGGCAACAUCAAUUAUUGAAAGCACGAUUACGAUAGGAUUUCUUCUGGAAUUAUUUAAGUACUCUGGUGAUAAAAAUGAAUAUCUUAUAAAAUAUUUUAAUUCCGCCAUAGAAAACCAACCAGAAAAUAUUGAUCAUCUUAAAAUAACUAAUAAAAUUCUCGUCGAUAUACGUCAACAGUGCCAGAAAUACACGUUGACCUUUACGCGUCUUAACAAAUUUUAUGAACGAUUUUGUUCUUCUGCCUUGAUAAUCGAUGCCAGAGAAUACCAUGAAGAUCUACGUAAACGAGAUAACAUAAAAACCGUCACUCUUGGGGAAUCAGAUACUCGAGAUUAUUGGUCGAUUCAUUCUGCAACAAUUGAUGUUAUGGAGGCCUCUUAUCACCUUGCUGAAUCGCAAACUUUUAAUAAUAUUUUUCAGGCAAUAUUAAAGGCAGAAACACGAGAGUUGAAUGUCGAAAUUGUAACCACAGAAAUAAUGCAGAUGGCUAUUAAACAAUAUAAUACUAUAUGCGAAGGAUAUGAAAAGUGGGAAAACAUCAAAUGCUCUGAAGCAGAUGAAUUCUGGAAACAUGUCGAUCCAAAUAAUAUUCAAUCUGAAAUUAAUUUCAUGGCUCCAAAUUGGACUCGCGCUCUCUCAAAUAGGCAACUACAACUGUUAACUUCUUCAGUUACAUACUUAAUUGACAUUUCAUCGUAUAAAGAAAAAUUAAAUAACCUUUUUACUGUCAUAGAAAAUCUGAAAAUAGCACACAACCCAAAUCUCUGGGUUAUAACAUUUUCUAAUUCAUUAAGUGACGAAAAUUUAGCACUUGGCAAUUUACAAAAAAAAAUUGGAGAUAUACUCAAGCAGUUUAAGCAAUUAAAAUUAUUGGAGGAUUUCUGGUCAAUAAUUAAGGAAAUGGCAUGUUCAAAAGAAUGCAUUAAUUUUCUACAAGAGCUUGUUGGUCAUGAUUUGAAAAAUUUAAUAAAUGGUGCUGAUGAUCAUUCCGACGAACGCUUAAUUCAAGAAGAUACUGUUUCAACAUUUAUUCAAGUGAAACAAAUUUUAGAACCUUUACUAAGUAAAAAUGAAGAUACUGCUCAAUUAGCGGUAGAUAAGUUUAUAAAAAGUUUAGUUGAUAUAAUUAAAACAAACACAUCACUUGCUUCUAAAUUGAGAUUGUGUAAUGCACAUACACAAGCGUUAAAAAAUAUGUACAAAAACAUUUCAAAUCGAGGUGAAGUGACAAAAGAAAAGAUUUUCUACGCAGUAACAAAAGGUGUAUAUUCUUUUAUGAGAAUAGAAAAUGAUGAAUACAAAUGUACUGCGACAUUAUCAUAUCCAUCCAACAAUAUGCGUGAUGGAGAUACAAAAUCAACAAAGUAUGCUUUUAGUGAUCUUCAAGAUUUACGUGGACGUGCUCUUUUAAUUGCUAAAGCACCUGUUGAUACCAAAAUGUUAGAUGAGAAUAAUAUGGUUAACGAAAUCACCUCUUCUCAUAUGACCGAAUUUGUAAUCCAAGUAGAUAUAUCACAACAGAUAAUUCAUGUAUCCUCACAGCUUGUAGAACUUGGUCACUUUGGAUAUCGUGAUUUUAAAGCAUCAACACGAUCUACACGAGAAAUGGAAGAUUUGUUACAAACUUUGACUGAACAUUUAAAUGAAUGGAAAAUGAUCGUCAACAAAGCACAAGAAGAACAUUAUUAUUUAACUUUCUUUUUAGCUAGACAUAUUUUAACAUUUUACGAUUAUUUUACAAUCCAAGAAGAUCAUGAAGAAGAAGAUCAUGAAAACAACAAAAAUAAAUGUGCAAUGCUUUUACGAUUAGUCAACGAUAAGGCUGAAUUGCCGGAUAUUACAGAAGAAGAUCAUACUAUUUUCCGUGAAUAUGAUGAUUAUUCUGAUAUUCUCAGUGCGAUUGGAAUAAAGUUACGUGACAUAUUCAUUGAAAUUCCAAAAAACCGUCCAAUAACAGCAAAUAUUGAACAAGUACCGUCUGAUAUGGUUCAUUCGGGACAACUUUUUGUUGCAACUUGUAUUAAUAAAUUAAGAGUACCAAAUAUUAUUAUGAGUUUGUAUGUCAAUUUCGAUAAAUGCUAUCCGGAAUCAUGGCAAUUAUUAAUUUGUAAGUCAUCCACAAGGGCAGAAGAGCUUUUUAUUUUUACAAAACGAUGUUUCUUUGCUGCGAAAAAUGGAUACAAAAAAUAUCUGUUUUGUAUCGCAAAUGUAGAAUAUCUAGAGUUUGAUUUGCAAUACCGAUUAGUAACGCAUAUACGUUCAUUAUGUCAAAAAGAGAACAAAUUUAAUCUAGCUUUGAUAUGCUGUCGUGAAAAAGGCAUGCAUCACCAUAUACUUGACCAAUUUUCUGAACAUGUUCAUGUGACUGAAGGAUUAGGCGCAGAAUCUAUGCGUAACAUCUAUAAAGAAUUAUGUCCGAAUGUAGUUGCGGUUUCCUCGGAUUUAUCUGGACAAGGAAAGACCGAAUGGAUUAAAGAGCGUAGUUUUGAGAAUGACCUAAUACCAAGAAGCUUUUUAGUUAGUGAUGGCAUGACAUUUGGGGAACUUGUUCGAAGAUUAUCUGAAACUGAAUUUCGAGAGUUUGAAAGUUUACAUCUUAAUAUAAUGUUAAUAGACUAUCCUUACGAAGUGAAUAUGUUUUUAUUUGAAUUAUUGUCCCUUAGAAUAGCAAGAAAUGGAAUCAAUCUUGUCUGUAUCCCGUCGACAUUAGUGUUUAUAGAAGUUGCUUCUACCAUGGAACAAUAUUUGUUAAAUUCAUUACCAAUUACGGGAUAUUUAACAAGGCAACAUUUAACCUGGAAUAUCGAUAACCUUAUUAUUUCCCAUAGCCAUAAAAGCUCAACUCAAAUAGUUGCGAGAUAUUUGGAUGCACAUGAUCAAAAUGUCAUUAAUGGAAUGGAUAUUGAUUUCACAGAAGAUGAUGAACCAAUACCUCAAGAACGUUGUCAACAACUUUUUCAGAAUUAUUUCUUUAGAAAUCGUACUCAAGAUGUUGCAUCGUACCGUUUUCUUGAAAUAUUUAUUAACGUUCUUGCUGAUCAAUUUUUACGGAUGUCAUCAAGUGCAUUUUUCCGUGUAGAAUUAUUAACGCAGAUGGUAAAUGACAAUAAUAUCAGAAAAACUUUGCUGGAAACUUUAAUGGGCGUUUCUUCUGAUUUUGCGACACGUUCUGUGAACUCUAAAGCAGAUCAAUUAAAGAAUUUAUCUGAAGCAGCUGAUGCAGUAAAUGCAAAUUUAGGAACUAUUAAGCAUUGGGAAGAUUCAAACCAUUUAUUGGUAGUUUUCUUAUCGCAGACACCUGAUUCUAUUUGUGCUCUUUACCGUGACAGAAAUAAAGUUCCGCAAAAUGUUAAAAACUUGUUAAGCAGUCAACAAGUUAGGACACCCGGAAUAGCCAAUGCAUUCACACUGGAUAAUUAUGAUGAGAUGUCCCCGGAUAGAAUUUUGGAAAAGUUGGAAUGCUUGGCGCGUAAUACACUUGAAGAACGCAAAUAUCCACCAUAUGCGCUUUCUACGGAUAAUCUUUUAAAAAUGGCAUUGAUCCUUUUGCGAGCCCGUGCUAAUGUUCCUGUUGUUUGUUGCGGAGAAGCCGGAUGUGGAAAGACAAGCUUAAUCCAAUUUUUAUCAAUAGUCGUAAAUGUUGAGUUUGAAGCUCUAAAUUUACACGCUGGUAUAAAAGAACAAGACAUCCUGGAUUUCAUGGCAAAAGCUGAAGAAACAGCACAAGAACGUCAAAUAUGGUUAUUUUUUGAUGAGAUAAAUACAUGUAACCAUAUAGGAUUACUGGCUAAUCUCAUAGCACAUAGGAAAAUUUUUGGUCGAAAAAUCCAUCACAAUAUCAGACUCUUCUCAGCUUGCAAUCCAUAUAGAUUACGGCUAAAAAGUGAUACACAAGCAGGUCUUUUGGCAAAAAGAUAUGAAGAACAUAGCAAUUUAGUUUACCAGGUUCAUCCACUUCCUGACCAAAUUCUGGAUUACGUUUGGGAUUACGGUGUAUUAAAACCAUCAGAUGAAAAAAUCUAUAUUAGCAUUAUGGUUGAGAAAAACUUAAAAGGAGAAGGAUUAGCAUCUAAAUUAUUCACUGAAUUAUUAUUUGCUUCGCAAGAAUUUAUUCGACAUAAUGAAGGAGCACAUAGCGUUAGUUUACGAGAUGUAAAACGUGCCAUUACUCUUGUUAAGUACUUUUACAAGAGCCUAAUUGAUCGUCCACGUGCUAAUCGUUUCACAGGUCAAUAUCCUCCUCUAAUUGCAAUGGUAGGAAAAGAGGUUGGAAUUGUUAUUCGAUCUUAUAUUCUAGCUUUAAGUCUUAGUUAUCAAGUUAGAAUAUUUGAUCAAACAUUACGUAAACAAUAUCGCGAAAUAAUAUGCAAAGUAUUUAAUGAAUUCAAGACAGCAAAAAUAACACGAGCCAUGACAGAAGAUCUUUUUAUAAGGAUUAUUAAGGAAGAACAGAAAGAUUACAUCGCUAGAAUGACAAAGCCACCGCAAACUGCAGAGAACGAUGCAUUACUUGAAAAUGUGCUUGUAAUGAUUAUUUGCAUAUUUACCAAAAUUCCCGUAUUUAUUAUCGGUGCACCUGGGGCAUCAAAAUCAUUAGCAAUUCGUUUAGUUAGCCAGAAUCUUCGCGGUGCUGAUUCAGAUGAUCCAUAUUUUAAAACAUUGCCACAAAUUUAUAUUAUUCCAUAUCAAGGUUCAUCUUCAUCCACAUCUGACGGCAUUGUUAAGGUCUUUAAAAAGGCACAAAAUUAUCAAACGACCAGUUCCGAGGAAUAUCCUUUAAAUACCGUGGUUCUGCUUGAUGAAGUUGGAUUGGCCGAAACAAGUCCACAUAAUCCAUUGAAAGUUUUACAUUCUUUGCUCGAACCAAGUUAUCCAGCCGAGUAUCCAAAUGUUUCAGUUGUAGGUAUAAGUAAUUGGAGAUUAGAUAAUUCCAAAUCAAGUAGAGCGUUGUUGGUGCAGAGGCCUAAAUUUGAAGAACAAGAUUUAAUUGAUACAGCAGAUAGAUUGUUCGAAAAUAAUAAAACAUGGGCGAAACGUUUUAAAUUUGCUAAUAGUGCUAAGAAUACAAAGCUUGAGGCAUUAGCUAAUUCAUAUUUAGAGUAUGAGAAAAAACAACCUAUUGAUAAUUUUCAUGGACUCCGAGAUUAUUACUCUUUGGUAAAAAGUCUUGGCGGUAGUGAGAUGCUUAAGUUGGAAUUUGAACAAAGCAAGGGGUUAGACUUUGAACGUUAUUUAUUAGAACAAAUUUCAAAAAUGAUGAUAAAAAAACUUUGUGCAAUUGAUAUAAAUGAUAUAAAUGAUAUAAACCGUAUAAAAAAUCAACUUUUGAUAUGGCAACGUGACACCACAUAUAUUUUAUCUUUGUCAAGCAAAUUACCUAAUUCUUAUGAUAACCCAGCUACUCAUAAGUUGCGAAUAUACAAUGAUCUAUCAAAAUCUCUUGAACUGCAAAAACUUAUUGAGAUUCGAAAUCUUGAAAAAGAUGAAGACAAUGAAAACGAUGAAGAAGUACUUUCAGAACAAUUUGUAGAUAUAGUAUUUGAAAAAUUGUAUGAGUUACAACAAACAGAAGAUAAUUUAUCAUUACAACAAUCUUUCACAAAUAGGUGUUUAAACAUGCUACCACCUGAAUCACCUAUUCGUCUUCGUCUUUAUGAAAAAAUUUUUACGCAAGAACCUUUACCAUCAUUAAGUUUUCCAACAAUUCAUCGUAUCUUCAUCACAGAAUAUGAAAAUGAUAAUGAAAUUUUCUUUAAUCUAAUUAAUGAUCCUCCUGAAGUUUUAGAAGGAUCUGAACGGUUACAAGUCAUAGAAGACACUUUGAAUAAAAAACAUCCUGAUUCGGAAAUUUCUGCUUUGUGUUGUGAUGUAAUUCAAACACAAUUUUUCUCAUCACAAGACUUUUCAUUACAAGAUUUUCAAGAAUUAUCACAACAUUUUAUGAAAGCAACAGAAUAUAAGCAAGUCGAAUUUGCGGCUGCAAAAAUGUCAAGUCGUGGUGAUUGUACACAUUUAGACGCAUUAUUAGAAGAUAUUUUAGAUCCAACAGCAGAAAAUUCAACCAAUCUUCGAAUUUCAUUCGCAGGAAUAAUCAUAAUGAGACUUUAUAUAAUUCGAGCAACACGUGAAUGGAAUAAUUCCGAAACUUUGUUAGCACAAAAAAUUGAAACUUAUCUCGAUACGCCUCAGAUUCCUGAAUUCUAUAAAAAACCAUUGUUGAGAUUUUUAUCAAACAAGCAUGCACUUUGUAAACUUGUUGUGGAUGAUGAUAAUAAGAAAAUAUAUGUAUCUUCAGUGAUCGCACAUAUAGUUGCAUUGCAUAUUUCUAUUCCUCAAAAUUCUUCACCAUUGGCUACAUAUAUGCAAGCAUUACAAACGUGUCAAGAUGAUUUUAUUUUGGCAUGCCCUUCCGAUGAGCUAACUGUUAUAAUGAACGCAAUAAUGGAUAGUAACCCUAAUGAUAAACGAUUAACAAGAUAUCGAUGUAAAUGUGGAGAAAUGUACUUUGUUGGAGAUUGCGGAAAUGUGACAAACCCUGGCCAAUGUCUAACGUGUAGAGGAGAAGUCGGAGGCAGAGUUUAUAAUGAAGCAGCUGAAGGAAAUAUGCGUUUAGACGGUGAGCCAUUAACACAGCAAAAUGAUGCAAAUGACCAACGAGGUUAUAUUAUAGAAGAGAAAAAAAACGAAAAUUUCUACAGCAUUAGAUCAAUGUCUCCAGCAUCUUAUAGAAUUAUUCACCUUUUUGUACAUGCUAUUAUUGGGAUACAGGCCCCAUCCGAAGUUGUUAGCAAAUUUAUCAAACACAACGUAAAAGAAAAUAAUACAAAUCUUAAUAAAGCAGAAGAUAUAGCGCCGUUCUGUGCAAUACACAUCAAUAAUGAUUGGGAUGCACUGAAAAAAAUACUAGCUUGUGGAGAUGAACAAUUGGCUUUAGUUUUACACGCGAUUCUGUCUGAAAUGACACAACAGCCAUUACAACAACCAGCAAGGCUAAACACACCAAUUGAAAGAGAAACUUGGGAAAAUCAGUUUAGUCAGAAAUAUAUUUUACCAUUAACAAAAAAUGUAAUGGGAACUGCAACAGAUUUUAGAACAUAUUCUAAUUAUGAAAACUAUGAAGGAAGAUCUUCAUUUGCAUUAGAAAAUCCAAAAGAAUUACUUUCAGCCUUAGAAAUAAUACUUUGUUUUCUAAAACGUACAUCUGGAAGCGACCGUGACACAUUGAUCACGGAAUACAUUGAAAGUUGGAUGAAGUUGGCCGUAUUGAAAGAAAACAAUAAUAGUUAUAAACUUUUGUUAAAAGCUGGUUUACAACUUAAGCAUAUUGUAGCAUUAUAUGAAUUAGUAGAAGAACAUGUAGCUGAUGUGGUUGCCACUUGUAUUCCUCAAAAAUAUCAAGAAAAACUUGGUUAUUCAAUGCAUCAUGAUAUUGAUGAUGCUGUUGAUUUCGAAUCAUUAGAACAGGGUGAGCAAAACCAAAAUGCCAAAUCAAGUAAAAAUUUACGUAUUCCGGCUAAAGCGUUUGCUACGGCAUUGAAAAGGUUUAUAAUAAGAUAUUUGACUACUAGUGAGAACAUUAUUGAAACAGAUGAAUUGAUGUAUUAUUUGGUAGAGGAUGAAAGUCUAGAAUGUUGGCCUGAUUGGGUGGAUAAGACUGUCGUUAAAAAUAAAUUUCCUCCAUCUUUACGGAUUUCACACACAUUUGAAACUUAUCAAUAUAUAAAAGAAGCUAUUGAGAUGGAGAAACGAGAACAUAUCGAAGAAAAUAAGCCUAAUUAUAAAAAACCUCCAACUCGUAAACAAAAGGGGAAAAAUACUAAAUAUAAUAGGGGUUAA